AUGUCAAAGCUUCAGCUCUCUUGUCAACAGUUGCGUCGUGAAGUGGAUCAGGCCAAGACGAGCCUGGUCGCCGAGACGGCCGGAAAGGCCUCCGCUGUUGCGCAACUGGCGCAAGAGAGGGAGUCCGUGGCUAGCUUGCGAAAGUCCCUGGCGGAGCAGCAGAAGCUCGUGGCGCAGAUCGGCGAGCAAAGCGCCGGGCUGGCGGCCAAAGUGCAGGAUCUUGAAAGCCAACUCAAGCAUGCAGAGGGAUCGAAGAUUGCCGAGCGUGACAGCCAGGUCACGCGCCUCAAGUCCCAGUCUGCUGGCCAGGUGCGGGAAAGCGAGGAGCUUCGGAAACAGUUGAAGCAGGCGGUGGAUGAGCAGCAGCAGGCUCACGAAAAGGCGAAGGUGUGGCAGCAGCAUGUGCAGGAUGCGCAGGACAAGCUGGCAGACCUCACGUUGGAGCUCGAGACGCUUCGCCGCUCCAGGGACGACGAGCGCCAGACCGUUGCUCUGCAGCCAGAAGCCACAGAUGACCUGGAGGCGACCCGCUCAAUCGACUGGUCAGCUCUCGAGGAGCGGCAGAUGCGCGCCAGACCAGGUGUGAGCCGGUCGGUGAUCGUCCGCCGAUCCCUGGGCCCCCUCACAAGUGCGCCGUUGAACACGGUGGUCGGGGUCGGCUCUCCCGGUGUACCGCCACCUACGUUCAAGUCCAUGGCCGUGCCGAUGCCGGCACAGGCGGCACAG